CAAAAACGAAAGGAAAAAGAGACUGCACUGCACUGCACUGCAGUGGCUGUUUCUUUUUUGGUUCUCUCCAUGCUUCGCCUCGCUUUACCAUCUCCAAAAAGCAUACAACUUUCCUCCGGGCUGGCCUGGCCUGGCCGUCCAUUCCAACCAUGGCAGUAACGCCAGUACCGCGUGAGGUGGGGGAGGCGGCGAUGACACUAGUGGUACUGCUGGUGCUGGGUCUGAACGUGGCGGUGGUGGAAGCGACGUGGUGCGUGGCGAGGAGCGACGCCAGCUACGGGGCGCUGCAAGAGGCCCUGGACUACGCCUGCUCCGCCGGAGCCGACUGCGCGCCCAUAGAGUCGAGCGGGCUGUGUUACCUUCCCAACUCUAUUCAGAACCAUGCUUCCUAUGCCUUCAACAGCUACUAUCAGCGCAAAGCUAAUGCCCCUUCCUCCUGCAACUUUUCUGGCGCCGCAACCAUCGCCAAAACCGACCCCAGCUUUGGAUCCUGUGUUUAUCCAGCUUCUCCAAGCUCAGCAGGAGGAGGGACACCUUUAACUACAACCCCACCAUCUGUCACUGCACCACCUCCACCAGGGACCACCGUGCCUGUAGUCUACAACAAUGGAGGACUGGCACCGACUGUGGGAUCUGCAGCGCCAAACAUAGACCAUUCCAAAGCUUGUCUUGAGUUCUCAAUCGCAACAAUUUUCUUUUCUCUCUGGCUUUCUUGUUCCCUCCUCCAUGUAUCAUCAACCCUUGUAAGGCGGCCUUUGAAGACUUAAGGUUACUGCAAUUUUGUUAGGGAUUUUUGUCAAUACCCUGUAGCCAUUUAAAAUGGGUUGUUAGCAUUGCUGCUGCUAGUAAACUUCAGAUUAAUUAUCUGGUUUGUGAAGGUGCUUUGCUUGUAGAGUGGCCA